UACACUCUCUGUUUUUAUGACAUCAGCAAACGAACAUUUGUUUUAUUGCGUUUAAAUGCGCAUGAAAUUGGCUUUUAUUCUGACAUGACACCACAGCCGGAAGUGGCGGACAUAACCUGUGGCUCUUGACGGUUCUCCUCAUUUUUCCUCAACAUUGAAGCGGAGCAGCUCCGGUGAUCUCGGGCUGGACUCUCCCACGAGUGCAGCCGGAGUCUGGCGGACGGUGGCGGGCGGAGGCGGCGGCGGUAGCGGGUCGGUGUCUCGGCGAGGAGACGCAGAAAACAGCCCGGAGAGACGAUUAGCUAUGACGGACAGUGACGGAGGGGGCUCCGCGUAACAAGAUGAGGAUUCCUCCGGUGUGGGCGCUGGGCGCUUGCCAGACUGGGUGAAGUGACAGCUGAGAGGGAAACCUGCUGAGAGAGAAACACGGCCUGGGACUGCUGGACCUGUGUGCAGGUUCACACGGCUGUCGGCAGGGUGGAGCUUCCUGACCCAUGGAGAAUUACUUCCAGGCCGAGGCCUUCAACCUUGACAAGGUCCUGGACGAGUUUGAGCAGAACGAAGAUGAAACUGACACACCUAUUCUCUCUGAUGCCAAGUGGACCCAGAUCCUGGCCCCGCCGGCCCACCUGCUCUCUCUGAACCCCGCCCUGGCCCACGCAGACCUCAGCCCCCGGGAAAGUCCGCUGCCCUUCAAGACUCUCCCCGACUCCUCCUCCAGCACCUCCCCGGGGGCAGACCCUAAAAGACACCCUGGUCCUGAACUUUCAUCCUGGGGAGAGGAGAGGCCGGCAGACGUCCACAGCCCACCGCACCCCCAGCCCAACAUCGGCAAACUGGUUGGAACCGACGACCUGUCGCCGCCCCCUGUGACGGCAUGUAGUGCAGUAGAGAAUGGUUGCGCUGCAAGCCCGCAACAUGAUGGGCUGAGCAAGGAGAGAAGUUCUUCUCCAGGUUACGAGUCGGCUGCUUCUGACCAGGCGGUUACACCUCAUCAGGAGGAGAGAGCUACCUCAGCUGGAGGGGGAAGCUCCACUGUCAGUCACACUAACUUUACCUUUGAGCUGGGACAAGGACAGGAAGAGACUCCUUCUGAGAAAAUUCAUCCAGAUGUGGAAGCAACAACACAAAUAAGCGAAAGUGUCACAAAAAAGGCCAGUACAGCUGUUUCACAGGACGAUAGUCAAGAAAGACAAACUGCAAACUCAAACAAGGAACAGAGAGAAAGCCUCCUGAAUGGGGAGAGAGGUGUUCAGUCUGGUUCUGAGGCAGAGCAGAAUGGUGCAUCUUCUCCGAACAGGGUUGGAGUGGAGAGGAGAUGUGGUCCAGAGGGACAGAUCGACCAGCUCCUCAGAAUAACAAGCCUUCCCAAUGGUUCGGAGCAGGAGAGGAGUAAUUACACUAAGCUGACAGACGGGAAAGAGGAGGAGGAGGGUUUUUCUCCCUCUCCUGUUCCCUCUAAGGAGGACUCUGUGACCGAGGAGAAAGAAAUGGAGGAGAGCAAGCAGGAGAGCAGCGAUGGAGGAGCGCUGGGGUUGGGUAGCAUCCAACCAAAACUCAACAAUCGGCUGCAGCCCGUCAGUGUUCCCUACGGGGGGGCACGACCGAAGCAGCCAGUCACCCUCAAACUCCAGAUUCCUCAGCCGCUGUCCGGCCAGGUCCAAAACCAGCUCGUCAGCAAGAACAAGAACCUUGAGAACCAGUGUCGGAGAAGCACGCCAUCUGAAACAACUCUCAGUGGGACUGAUCAGACCACAGUCGGGGUGAACGGAGAUGGUGGUGUCCACUCUCCUGCCCCGAGGCCUUCCGAGAGCCCAGACAAUGACCUCCAGGCAGGACAGCAGGGUGCCCUGUGCAAGAAACCUGCCAGCUCCCUGGGUGAGGUUGCCCCUGUGUGGGUGCCCGACUCCCAGGCUCCGGUCUGCAUGAAAUGUGAUGUCAAGUUCACCUUCACCAAGAGGAGGCACCACUGCAGAGCCUGUGGCAAGGUGUUCUGUGCAGCAUGCUGCAGUCUGAAGUGCAGGCUCCUGUACAUGGACAGGAAGGAGGCCCGCGUCUGUAUCACCUGUCAUUCUGCUCUGACCAGUGCUCAAUCAUGGGAGACACCGAACACUGGAAACAACCAGAGUCCGAACCCCAACAACCCGGCCGAGUACUGCUCCACCAUCCCCCCUCUGCAGCAGGCUCAGGCCUCUGGGGUCCUCAGCUCCCCUCCUCCCACCGUCAUGGUGCCUGUGGGAGUCCUGAAACAGUCUGGCAACGAGGGGUCCCUCUCACGUGAGCAGAGGAGGGUGUGGUUCGCAGAUGGAGUCCUUCCUAACGGAGACGCAGCAGAGUCCCCCAAACCUCCGACCUCCAGCCCAGCCCCCUCCCAGUCGCUAGCCAUCUCCACGGGCUCAAGCAAAUCCUCGACUUCUGAUUCCUCAGAGGCAGCCCAUACCCCUGUUGCCCCGGUGGGCAGCCCCGUGGGCAGCUCCAUCAGUCUGAUUCCAGAGGACGGGCUCCCUCCCAUCCUCAUCUCCACUGGAGUCAAAGGAGGUACGGGAGGCCACAUCACAGACUACGCAGUGGAGGAGAGGCCGUCGGAGAUCGUCCUCAUGCAGCAGCUGGAGGAGGGAGGCCCCGACCCUCUGGUCUUUGUGCUCAAUGCGAACCUGCUCGCCAUGGUCAAGCUUGUAAACUACGUAAACCGGAAGUGUUGGUAUGUGACGACCAAAGGCAUGCACGCUGUCGGCCAGGCGGAGGUGGUCAUUCUGCUCCAGUGUCUCCCUGAUGAGAAGACCAUCCCUAAAGACGUCUUCACGCACUUCGUGCACCUCUACCAGGAGGCCCUCAGUGGCAACGUGCUGAGCCACCUGAGUCACUCCUUCUUCACGCAGAGCUUCCUGGGCAGUAAGGAGCAUGGCGGCUUCCUCUACAUCAGCCCGUCCUUCCAAUCACUGCAGGACCUCCUACUACCAAACCCGCCUUACCUCUUCGGCAUCCUGAUCCAGAAGUGGGAGACGCCCUGGGCCAAGGUCUUCCCCAUCCGCCUCAUGCUGCGGCUGGGUGCAGAGUACCGCUUUUAUCCGUGUCCGCUGUUCAGUGUUCGCUUCAGAAAACCUCUCUUCGGAGAGACCGGUCACACGAUAAUGAACCUGCUCGCAGACUUCCGUAACUACCAGUACACACUCCCGGUGGUGAAAGGGCUGGUCGUGGACAUGGAGGUGAGGAAGACGAGCAUCAAGAUCCCCAGCAAUCGCUACAAUGAGCUGAUGAAGGCCAUGAACAAGUCCAACGAGCACGUUCUGGCCAUGGGGGCGUGUUUCAACGACCGCGCCGACUCCCACCUGGUUUGUGUCCAGAACGACGACGGCAACUAUCAGACGCAGGCGAUCAGCAUCCAUCACCAGCCGCGCAAAGUCACCGGAGCCUGCUUCUUUGUGUUCAGUGGGGCUUUGAAAGCCUCGUCAGGCUUCUUGGCAAAGACCAGCAUUGUGGAAGACGGUGUGAUGAUCCAGAUCACAGCUGAGACCAUGGACUCUCUGCGGCAAGCCCUGAGAGACAUGAAAGACUUCACCAUCACGUGCGGUAAAGCCGACCAGGAGGAAAACCAGGAGCUGGUGCACAUCCAGUGGACAGAGGACGACCACAACUUCAACAAGGGUGUGAUCAGUCCGAUUGAUGGAAAGUCUAUGGAGUCCAUCACCAGCGUCAAGAUCUUCCACGGCUCCGAGUUCAAAGCCAAUGGCAAAGUCAUCCGCUGGACAGAGGUCUUCUUCCUCCAGAGUGAAGACCAACCCAACGGUCUGAGCGACCCCGCCGACCACAGCCGCCUGACGGAGAACGUGGCGAGAGCUUUCUGCGUGGCGCUGUGUCCGCACCUGAAGCUGCUGAAGGAGGACGGCAUGGCCAAACUGGGACUGAGGGUCACACUGGACUCUGAUCAGGUGGGUUACCUGGCAGGAAGUAACGGUCAGCCUCUCCUGCCUCAGUACCUGAGCGACCUGGACAGCGCUCUGAUCCCCGUCAUCCACAGCGGGGCGUGUCAGCUGAGCGAGGGCCCCGUGGUCAUGGAGCUGGUCUUCUACAUCCUGGAGAUCAUCUCCUAGAAGCCGCAUACAUCCCCACCACUUCUUUUUGUUUUUUUUACCUUCUAACACAUCCCACAGCCUCCGUCACCUCCCUUCAACUGUUUGCACUUAUAACGAGCCUGAAAACUGUGCCGCGCCAGGUGAGGUAGCAUUCCUCAAGUCAAACCUAUGCAUCCAGCCACCGUCUGUUGUGCUCCGGAGGUCACCUGGGGCCCGAGGAAGCUCAGAGCGGGUGCUCCGGUCACACUGGGUCCGUCCUGAUGCCCACACUGUGCACGAGUAGUGAAGUGCCUGUUUGGUUUAUUGACUUCCCACAUAUUAGACAAAUUAGUCUGAUGGACCAGGCAGUACUCAGACCACAGACACAGACGAGAGUUAAACUCUUAAUAAAGACGUUACAGAGGCAGAGAAAUCACUUGAUUCUGUUUCUGGUGGAUUAAGUUGGAUGUUUAUUAUAUUUUGACGAUGCUGAUCAGUUUCAAGAAGUUGAUAGGAGGUGAUAAUAAUAAUAAUCUGUGGAUGUGCAGCAAUAAUAUGUGAAGUUUGGAGAUUUGUGUGUUGACUGUUGUCGGUCCUAACAGCAGGAAGUACAAACAGCAGCUGGACUGGUUCAGUGAGAUGAAGAUAGAAAUUAAGAAACUGAUGAUUUUCUUGGGUUAGGUGAAAACUGUCUGUUACAGUUUUGUCGAUUUGAAGCUUGUGUCAGAAAAAGAUCUGACCCACAGACGAUCAGUUUACUACAAAGUAAGACGAGAUGUGACGACGUGAAAGUGAAAGGUCACAGUCGAACUGGUGAUAGAAGAACAGGGCAGAGAGGGAGCACGAGCUCCGUGAACGUCUUUCCUCUGGGUUGUGUUCGUGUUUGUGCGUUGGAGCGUAACAGACGUGAGACAACCAGAAAAUAAAAGUGGUUUCUCAGAUUUGCUGCUUUGUUUGUUCUCGCUAACGCUUUGUCUCCAGCUCUUUCACUCGAGGACUCUGGUCAGAGGCUUGAUCCGAUUCUUUUACUCUUUUUAAACUUGCAGAGUAGUAUAAGUACAGUUGAGUAUUUUUGACAAGCUAGAGCUGAUUUGCCCUAAUGUUGAAUCAGUAUUAGUAGAGUAGGUUGUUGGGUUACUCUCUCUGUGUGUGUGUGUGUGUG